CCGCAGCCUCGGCGGGUCGGAUAAAGUUCCCGGCCCAGGCGGAGGGCUGCCAGCAACCCGAGCAGCCCGGGCGCCGCGCGUCAGCUGGCCAGGAGCGCGGAUGGCGGCGCGGGGCGAGGCCGUUGAAGCGGCGGCCAACUUGGCCGUGGUGGUGCGGGCAACCGGCGAGCUGUGCCUGGAAAACCGACCGAUUCCUGAACCUGGUCCUAAUGAAGUGCUUUUGAAAAUGCACUCUGUGGGAAUCUGUGGGUCUGAUGUGCACUACUGGCAACAUGGACGAAUUGGGAAUUUUGUGGUGAAGUCUCCAAUGGUGCUGGGGCACGAAGCUUCAGGAACCGUUGUUAAAGUAGGGUCUUCGGUGACCAAGUUAAAGAAAGGUGAUCGAGUAGCUGUUGAGCCUGGUGUCCCCCGAGAAAUAGACGAAUUCUGCAAAAUUGGACGUUACAAUCUAUCUCCGACUCUUUUCUUCUGUGCAACCCCUCCUGAUGAUGGGAACCUGUGUCGAUAUUACAAGCACGAUGCCAACUUUUGCUACAAACUUCCAGAUAAUGUCACCUUUGAGGAAGGAGCUCUUGUUGAACCUCUUUCAGUUGCCAUUCAUGCCUGUAGAAGAGCUGAGGUGACACUGGGUACCAAAGUCUUCAUUUGUGGUGCUGGACCCAUUGGGCUCGUGACUUUACUCAUUGCUAAGGCGAUGGGAGCCGCGCAAGUGGUGAUUAGCGAUUUGUCAGCUCCCCGACUUGAGAAAGCUACAGAAAUUGGGGCUGAUUUCACCAUCCAGGUCAAAGGGCAGAACCCUGAGGAGCUGGCCAGUAUGGUGGAAAGCUUGUUGGGUUGUAUGCCUGACAUUACCUUGGAGUGCACUGGGGCAGAAUCCUGCAUCCAGACUGGAAUCUAUGCCACCCGUUCUGGUGGGACUCUGGUUUUGGUGGGUCUGGGCCCAGAAAUGGUCACCUUGCCCAUUGUGAAUGCAGCGGUGCGUGAGGUGGACAUCCGUGGGAUAUUUAGAUACUGCAAUACGUGGCCCAUGGCAAUUGCGAUGCUUGCAUCGAAAAAAAUAAACGUGCAGCCCCUGGUGACUCACCGUUUCCCUUUGGAAAAGGCAACAGAAGCAUUUGAGGCAACCAAGAAAGGGAUUGGGAUAAAAAUCAUGCUAAAAUGUGACCCUCAUGACCAGAAUCCCUAAAAAAAAAAAAAGAAAAAAAAGGCAUUGCAUUCCAUUCUAACUUUCCUAUUAGGGAGGAUUAAGUCCAUGGAGAAGAAAAUGUAAACAAAGCCAAUCAAAGCCUGAAAUUUAAUGUAGAGCUUUGUCAAGGAAACAAAUGUUAUGCAAAUUGUUUGGAAACUUGAUUCUCUUGAACCUAAACAUAGACUUUGAAGUCAGAUGAAUUAAAUGACCUCUGUCACUAGAAGUGAAAUGUGUAAUGGGACCCAGUGCAGAACUGUAAAGUUAGGUCUCCAUGUCCAAUUUUCUGCACAGCGCACCUCUCUGCAUCUGAAAGGCAUCAGGUUUAGGGCAGGACUUCGUACGUGAGACGUCACGAUGGAAGGUUCCAACUUAGCAUUUGCUUUUAGUAAACAUGGAUGUGUGUGGACCCCUCAAAAUUUGAAGCAAUAGUCCUACAUCCACUCUUUGCAUCAGUUAAGAAGCUCCUGCAGGAGUUAGUAUGAUGUUCUAGACCAGUUCACAUGCAGACAUGGGUACAUACAGAUAUCUGUUGGGUGGUUUGACUGUAAUCUUGUAAGAUCGUCUAACGUGUGAAUGAGGUAGAACGGCAUAGACAGUAGGACUGUCAAAUCUCCAUUCCAUCCUAAGAAAUCCUUCCUUCCUUCCUUCCUUCCUUCCUUCCUUCCUUCCUUCCUUCCUUCCUUCCUUCCUUCCUUCCUUCCUUCCUUCCUUCCUUCCUUCCUUCCUUCCUUCCUUCCUUCCUUCCUUCCUUCCUUCCUUCUUUCCUUCCUUCCUUCCUUCCCAUAUAUUUUUAAGUGAUGCUGGAAACCUGUCACAGUUCCGUCCUACCUCCAUAUCUCCUGAAGAAUCUGGAGGUCAUAGGUUAUUAGUUACCACUAGUUCCUUGAACAAUGUAAUUACUACACUUCUUUUAGCCCUAACUGCUUUAUGGAUGUAUAUUUGUGUAUGUAUGUGGAAAGAGUAUCCUGGUUACUCCCAUGCUCAGUUCUCUGCAAAUACAUACAUUGUACUUGAACAUCCUGGUUUUGUAACUCACAGGGAUACCUUUACCCCUUACUGUUAGAUAGAACAAGAACCACUUCCUUGUAAAGCCAUGCCCCCUUGUGAGUUGUAGACACAUGCCACAAAGACACAAAGCCAUAUCCCCUUGUGGCAUGUAGGCAAGUGGCCCAGGUGAAGAAAUUUAAUUUGGAGUUCCUGCUCAGCUAAUAUGGUAACCCCAAGGAGAACUUUCGCUAACAAGGCCCUGGCAUGCCAAGUUUGUUCUUUCUCAUUAAAAAUUAUGUUGCCUGAGCAAAUAAAAGAAGAAAGAAGCUUCUGUUAAAGUCUGUUGAAAUGUCUUUCAUGGGUCGGUUCCUCUCCAGCUAAUUCUAAGGUGUUUGAAAUUCCAAGGAAAUAAAAUGCUUUUUUUCUACCCA